UGAUAGUUGGCGUCGAGCGCUCGGAUGUCUGUAUUUGACAGUACUUUACUCUCGCUCACGUUAGCUAAAUUUUAUUUCAAUUAUUCCGAAUAAGCGACAAAUUCGUUUGGAGGUCAAGAUCAUAUAAAAUAGCCAGAUCGUAGCUCGCGUGGUCGUCGGUGAAAGUGGCGAAUAGGAGCAGUCAGGCAGUGGCGCGAGACGGACGCGGCCGGUCGUGCUAACGAGCUCCGACGUGGCGAGGAGCCGGAACACGGACAUAUUGCCAGCGCUGUGAAUUUUUUUGAAUUUUGCCGAGUGUUUUUUAUCUGUGAUAGAACCAUGUAGGCUGUGAACAUACUGGUCGAAUCGAUUCUUUAAAUUUUAUUGUUACACGUUUUAUUUGAUAUUUCAACAUCGCCAAUGUGUAUUAAAAGACAUCUGUGGACAUAUUCUAGUCGUUGCUCUUCUGCUAUCGAAAAUAUGAUGGUUAUUCGCGGCAGGAGAGGAAGAUAGUGAGAUGGCAAACACCCGUGAGGUAAGCGCGGAGCCCGCGAGCUUGGAGUACAUGGAAGAUCCGUAUUUCGUGCCGCCAGACGACGACUCGACGCCCAGUUUCGAUGUGGCGGUAGAUGAGCUAGACGAGCUGGAGGAGCUGACGAGCUGGCCGCGUGACACCGAAGCCGAGGAGGACUGGCGCGCGCUACCCGACCUCGCCGACUCCGCGCUCUGCAUCGAGACAGAGUUCUACAUGGACAAUCGUCGUAGACGACUCCGAAUAUUUAGGAAAAAGAUUCGUGAAGUGCGCGUUACCUUCCAAGACCUCUCCAAACCGUAUCUCGCGAAAGUUUCCAGUCACACAAACUACAAAAAGUUUCUGGGCAUCACGCCUGGAGCUGAGGAAGCGAUGCCAGGCGCGGGUGCGGGCGCGGGCGGCGGCGAUGCGCAAACGCCAGACGAGCUGGCGGGCUUAUCGCCCGAGCAGGUGGAGCAGCUUCGAGCCGAGUGGAGCCACGAGCUGGCCCGCGUCGAAGACGAGAUCGCCACGCUACGCACCGUGCUGCAGAGCAAGAUUCGUCAGAGCUCAGAGUUGAAGAGGAAACUUGGCAUUACUGUGUGGAAGGAGAUCACCGAGGACGUCAAUCAGGGUUUGAAAAAUGUAAAGGAAAGCCAAGUCUAUCAAACCAUUGAAACACGAGUCGCUGCGCUUACGCAGGCUGUGACGGAAGCACCAAUAUACCAAAAAACUGAAUCUGUGAUAAAAUCGACUGCCGAGAAGACGACGUCCAUCCUGGGCGGCAUCACGGCCGGCGUCUCCAGCAAGCUCGGACAAAUGCGCAACUCCGACUCCUUCCGCUCCAUCGAGGAGCGCGUCGGCACCGCCUACGAGAACGUCAAGGGCAAAGUGGCGUCUCGUUCUAACUCGACUCAGAGUUUCGACGAGGCGCUGCGUGACGCGAGCCGCGCGGCCAGUGGCGCCACCUCCCCUACCAUACCCGAACACAAGCCGCUGCCUUAAUAUCCCUCCCCUGCUUCCCUUCCACACGGAUACAUGCCCCAUUUACCCUACUUACCCCACAUAUGGGCACAUGCUCCAUUACCCUUACCUUCAACAAGGGCACGUGCACACAAACACGUGCUUCAUUCCCUCUUAUAUUCGAACACAAACAUUUACUGGUUACUGCUGACUUCGGUCGUCAUUAACACUCUGUAUUGCUUACCUUGAAUCUUUGUGUCUGAAGUUAGCUGCAGAUAAACGCAUUUCUAACGAGUGAGACGUCCGUAGCUAUGAGAAAACUUAGACAUCUUUCAUAUCGCGCGUAGUCUAUACCCAACUUCAGAGUAAGAUUCGUGGUGAGAGAAAUCAUCCAUUUAAAAAAAUUAUCUAAAUAAAUUAAUUAAUUGUUGACGUCAUUUUUCUGUUAUCGAAAGCUAAAAGUUGGUAGGUGUUGAAAUAUUUAUUAGUGAUACAAUUUUGAGCAGAUUUUACAUUUAUUCUGUAUUUUCGAGACAGGCUGAGGUUAUUUGAGCUUAAUAAAAUUGCUAAAAUCGAAUUUAAAAAAGUAAAAUCUUGCCACGCGCUGAACAAUUGCUUCAAUAAACCUCUGUCAUGUUUAAUAAACCUUUUGCUCUUUAACAAAGGGAUAUCUGUUAGUGGACCAGCAUUUAUAAACCCCACAAUAAUUGUUGUUGAUGCUUUAGAUUAUUGUGUUUAGGGUCUUAUUUGGUUUCUGCUACUUUUGCUAUAAGUUUAAGUACUUAAGCUAUUGCUUCUGAAUAGAUUCGUGGAAUAUGUAUUCCGUGCAAUUAUAUGACGUGUUAAAUACUAUUUUCUUAUAGAAAACAUAAUUUAAUAAAAGAUUAUGUAAUUUUCAAUGUAAACUUUACGCAAUUUUAGAAAUGAGAAGUUUAAUUUAUUGUUUUAGAUGUUUGAAGUAUUAAAUGAGACAUUAAGAUU